AUGACAGACACCGUUGCUACAACUCCGGCUCCAGUCGCCGCAUCGCCGGCCGCGAAGAAGUCCCCUGCCAAGAAGAAGUUGUCGGCUUCUAAAGUCAAGAAGACCGUUGCGUUGCACCCGACCACCGCCGUGAUGGUCACCUCGGCUAUCAAAGAGCUCAAGGAGAAGAAAGGUUCGUCGUUACUAUCGUUACCAGCCAUCAAGAAAUACUUGGCCGCCAACUACAAAGUCGAUCCCGCCAAGUUGGCGCCUUUCAUCAGGAAGUUUUUGAAAGCCGCCGUCGCCAACGGUUCCGUCGUCCAGACCAAGGGAACCGGCGCAUCGGGACACUUCAAGUUGCCCGUCGUCGAGGUCAAGCCGAAAAAAGCCUUUGUGGCCAAAAAGAAGAAAUCCAUCGUCAAAAAAGUCAAAGCCGCCGGAACACCGAAAAAGAAGAAGCUCGUAGCCGCCAAGAAACCCGCGGCGGGCGAACCAGCAGCCAAAAAAGCGAAAAAGGCCGCUGCAACCAAACCCAAGGCGACUACACCGAAGAAGGCCCCAGCCAAGGCGAAGAAGCCGGCCGCUGUCAAGCCCAAAUCGAAGAAAACUCCGAUCAAGAAAACCGCAGCUCCCAAAAAGAAGUAG